GCUUCUUCCUCCUCUUCGGUGCGCAACGCCAAGUGCGAUCAGCCCGUAGACGCUCUUCGCGGUGGUGUCUGUUGUCGAGACCUUAAAGGUUCGGACGACGAGCGCACACUCGUUGACCCGGAUGUGGUGCGAGAUGUUAUCAUUGGGCUGAGUGAUGGUUUGACGGUCCCCUUUGCCCUCACAGCCGGCCUCUCCGGUGUAGGCUCUACCAAGCUAGUCGUUAUCGCUGGUUUCGCAGAGCUUGUCUCGGGCGCCAUCUCCAUGGGCGUUGGCGGGUUCCUCUCGGCACAGGCUGAGGUUCAGCAUUACAAGUUUGAGUCCAAGAGGACCCGUGAGAGGGUUCUUCGCUCUUGCUCGAGCGCUGUGGCAGACGAAGUGACGGACAUCCUCGGCCCAUACGGCGUACCCGCGGACGUAGCUGCCCUUGUGGCCAACAAGCUUGUGGGCAUUGAGACGACGCGCGGCGCCGCGGACGGGCUCCCUCUCCCGGCCUCUACGGCAAAUGUUGACGACGCUGCUGCGGAGGAGCGCGGCCUCACCCCCUUCUUGCUCCGCAUGGGCCAAGGUCUGGAGCCCAUCUCCUCCUCCCGCGCAUGGCAGUCUGCACUCCUCAUCGGGCUGAGCUACUUCCUCGGCGGAUUGCUGCCUCUCUUCCCUUACAUCUUCAUCGACAACGUGAGGACAGCACUCUUCGUCUCGGUGGGGGUGACUGCCUUGACGCUACUGAUCUUUGGCGUAGUGAAGCAGAGAGCAACGGGUGGACGAGCGGAUACGUGGGGUCUCGUGUACGGGGCCGUCUCGACGCUCGCUGUUGGUGGGCUCGCGGCCGGGUGCUCGUGGGGAAUCGUGAGGGCGCUGGAG